ACUGCGGGGUUGAGACUCGCGCGGUGUCCUCUGCAGAUGCCGGAGGAGACCCAGACCCAAGACCAGCCGAUGGAGGAGGAGGAGGUUGAGACGUUUGCCUUCCAGGCAGAGAUUGCCCAGUUGAUGUCAUUGAUCAUCAAUACUUUCUACUCGAAUAAGGAGAUCUUCCUGAGGGAGCUCAUUUCAAAUUCGUCGGAUGCUCUGGACAAAAUCAGAUACGAAAGCUUGACAGAUCCCAGUAAGUUAGACUCCGGGACAGAGUUGCACAUUAAUCUCAUUCCAAACAAACAAGACCGGACCCUCACCAUUGUAGACACUGGAAUUGGAAUGACCAAAGCCGAUUUGAUCAAUAAUCUUGGUACCAUCGCCAAGUCUGGGACCAAAGCGUUCAUGGAAGCUUUGCAGGCCGGUGCCGACAUCUCCAUGAUUGGCCAGUUUGGUGUCGGGUUUUAUUCUGCCUAUUUGGUUGCUGAAAAAGUGACGGUGAUCACCAAACAUAAUGACGACGAGCAGUAUGCCUGGGAAUCUUCUGCAGGAGGGUCCUUCACAGUGAGGACUGAUACAGGGGAACCUAUGGGUCGUGGGACAAAGGUGAUCUUGCAUCUGAAAGAAGACCAAACGGAGUACCUGGAGGAGAGGAGGAUAAAGGAGAUCGUGAAGAAGCACUCCCAGUUUAUCGGCUACCCCAUCACGCUCUUCGUGGAGAAGGAGCGCGACAAGGAAGUCAGUGAUGACGAGGCUGAAGAAAAGGAGGACAAAGAGGAAGAGAAAGACAAAGAGGAAAAGGAGUCCGAGGACAAGCCGGAAAUAGAAGAUGUCGGCUCUGACGAGGAGGAGGAGGAGAAGAAGGACGGCGACAAGAAGAAGAAGAAGAAGAUCAAGGAGAAGUACAUGGACCAGGAGGAGCUGAACAAGACGAAGCCCAUCUGGACCAGAAACCCCGACGACAUCACCAACGAGGAGUACGGGGAAUUCUACAAGAGCCUGACCAACGACUGGGAGGACCACCUGGCCGUGAAGCAUUUUUCAGUGGAGGGACAGUUGGAGUUCAGAGCUCUUCUUUUCGUUCCGAGGCGCGCUCCCUUUGACCUGUUCGAGAACAGAAAGAAGAAGAACAACAUCAAGCUGUACGUCCGCAGAGUGUUCAUCAUGGACAACUGCGAGGAGCUGAUACCCGAGUAUCUGAAUUUCAUCAGAGGUGUGGUGGACUCUGAGGAUCUCCCUCUAAAUAUUUCUCGGGAGAUGUUACAACAAAGCAAGAUUUUGAAAGUUAUCAGGAAGAACUUGGUCAAGAAAUGCUUGGAGCUCUUCACCGAGCUGGCAGAAGACAAGGAAAACUACAAAAAGUUCUACGAGCAGUUCUCGAAAAACAUGAAGCUGGGAAUACAUGAAGAUUCGCAGAACAGGAAGAAGCUCUCGGAGCUGUUACGAUACUACACCUCUGCUUCAGGCGAUGAGAUGGUUUCCCUCAAGGACUACUGCACGAGGAUGAAGGAGAACCAGAAGCACAUCUACUACAUCACAGGUGAGACCAAGGACCAGGUAGCUAACUCGGCCUUCGUGGAGCGCCUGCGCAAGCACGGCCUGGAGGUGAUCUACAUGAUCGAGCCUAUCGACGAGUACUGUGUCCAGCAGCUGAAGGAGUUUGAGGGCAAGACGUUAGUGUCAGUCACCAAAGAGGGCCUGGAGCUUCCAGAAGACGAAGAAGAGAAGAAGAAACAGGAAGAGAAAAAAACAAAGUUUGAGAACCUCUGCAAAAUCAUGAAGGACAUCUUGGAGAAAAAAGUAGAAAAGGUGGUGGUGUCAAACCGAUUGGUGACAUCCCCGUGCUGCAUUGUCACAAGCACAUAUGGCUGGACAGCAAACAUGGAAAGAAUCAUGAAAGCUCAAGCUCUGAGAGACAACUCCACCAUGGGUUACAUGGCAGCAAAGAAACAUCUGGAGGUAAACCCCGACCACUCGAUCAUCGAGACCUUGAGGCAGAAGGCAGAGGCUGACAAGAACGACAAGUCUGUGAAGGACCUGGUCAUCCUGCUCUACGAAACGGCGCUCCUGUCGUCCGGCUUCAGUCUGGAGGACCCCCAGACCCACGCGAACAGGAUCUACAGGAUGAUCAAACUGGGUCUCGGUAUUGACGAGGACGACCCCGCUGCCGACGACAGCAGCGCUGCCGUCACCGAAGAGAUGCCGCCCCUGGAGGGGGACGACGACACGUCGCGCAUGGAAGAAGUAGACUGAGCGCCGGAGCCGCCGUGCUCACCGGGACACUUGACCUUGGUUUCCUUUGAUGACAUGUUUUCGAGGAUUUUUUUUAUUUUUGUUAACAUUUUAAAACCCUGUAUGGCAUGACAACUACUUAAAGGACAGAUAAGAUUUCUUUCUUACGUGUACGAUGCUGUGAUCCCUUACGCACUAAGCUAGUUCCCCUUCCUGGUUUCACGUUGGCUCAUUUUAACGGAGGGGGUUAUGUUCGGGGGGUGUGCGCUCACGUUAACUCUGUGGACCUACAAUAUCUAGCUGUCAAGCGGAUUCCUUAUUAGACCAAACCUUUUGUCACUGACGUGUGCUAAAAUAUACCGUGAUGUUUAAAAGAAAAACAGUGCUUAAAACGUUCAUCUGCUAGGAUCUUUUUAAACCUUCCAUUCCCUGUAGUUAUCCACUGCAUGUAUGGUCUCUAGAAGUUAGUAUGUCACACUGAACCAGCCUGAGGGGAGUGUCCCUAGAGCUUGUUUUCCAAAGAACAGUACUGUUUAGCAAAAAUAUAAGCCCACCCAGGCGUAUUGUAAAGCCCUUUGAAAGUCAGUAGAGCAGGCUUUGUGAACGAAAUGGUAGUGUUCAAGUCACAUUCUGCUUCAAAAGGUUAUUACAAAUACAGAUGAAUUAAAAAGCUUA